AUGGGUAGAGGAAAGUUCAAAGGCAAACCCACUGGCCAUCGCCAUUUCUCUACGCUUGAAGAACUCAUUGCCGGUACCUCCGCCGCUCGCCCUCGCACUUUUAAACAGGCCGAGGCAGCAGAGAAGGUAGAAGAAGAGUCUGAAGAAGAAUUGGAGGAACCAUCUGAGAAGCGGAAAGGCACCCUGGGAUUCAUUGAAAUCGACAACCCUAAUUUAGUAAAGCCGAAAAAUUUGAAGGCUAAAGAUGUUGACACUGGGAAAACAACUGAACUCUCAAGGCGUGAGAGAGAGGAAAUAGAGAAACAGGAAGCUCAUGAACGAAAUAUGAAGCUGCAGGAACAAGGAAAAACUGAACAAGCAAGAAAAAAUUUAGAUGGAAUCUACUCCACAGGUUUGUAUCAAAUCAUAAUUGUCUUUGAAGAUCUGUUUUCUCCAGUUCAUGGAAGUACUGCUGGUUUUUUGACUCAGACCAUAAGGGAGUAUUAUGAACGCUUGGCCCUGAUACGCCAACGAAGGGCAGAAGCUGCUAGGAAGCGAGAAGAAGAUAAAGCUGUAUUCUUGGAAAGUAAGGGGGAAGCAUAA